GCGCCAAUUGUGUAUAAGCCUUCCCAAUUUGACGCUGGCAUUGUGAAAACGCACCACAUAUAUAGCUGUAAAUUUAGCCCACCCCACCCCUGGUGAGUGUACGCCCACAUUUGUAGGUCGCUCCCAUAUAUAAAUAUAAACGUACGAAUAUAUCCUUUCCUUGUAAACGUCCCCCCCCCCCUGUGUGUCCAUCCCACUCGCCUGCACACACUGCUACGCGUAUGUGCUCAAGGAUAUACGCGUACAUGCACACGUAGCUACUCUACCGUGCACCCGUUUUCCCUCCCUGCGCGCCGCUCCCCCAUCGAAUUGCCAAAAUGAGUUACUACAACUUAGAAAAAGACGACACCGUGUACUAUAAAUUAGACACCAUCAAAUGUGACAUCCCAAUUAACGAAGAAUUACAAGCAAGGAUAAAUAAGCAUGUCAACCAGUUGAGGAUUACCUAUUCCACGUUGGAAGAAUUUGUGGACAAUUUUGUAUACGAAUUGAAGAAGGGAUUGGAGGCCCAUCGUAGGCACCCAAACUUAUGGAUCCCUCACGAGUGCUCCUUUAAAAUGCUGGACUCCUGCAUUGCGGAUAUUCCCACCGGUCAGGAAAAAGGAACCUACUAUGCCAUCGACUUUGGAGGAACAAAUUUCAGAGCUGUAAGAGCAUCCCUUGAUGGAAAUGGCAAAAUAAAAAGAGACCAAGAAACGUACAGUUUAAAAUUUACAGGGACAUUUUCACAUGAAAAGGGGUUAUUAGACAAACAUGCAACUGCUUCACAACUAUUUGAUCACUUCGCUGAGAGGAUCAAAUACAUUAUGGGGGAGUUUAAAGAUUUAGAUAACCCUGAAGGAAAGAAUGUAGGUUUCACUUUUUCAUUUCCCUGUACCUCUCCAUCCAUUAAUUGUUCAAUUUUGAUCGAUUGGACAAAGGGAUUUGAAACUGGAAGAGCUACAAAUGACCCUGUGGAAGGUCGUGAUGUGUGCAAACUGAUGAAUGACGCUUUUGUAAGAUCAGAGGUACCAGCAAAGGUUUGUUGCGUCGUUAAUGAUGCCGUUGGAACACUCAUGUCUUGUGCUUAUCAAAAAGGAAAAACAACUCCCCCAUGCUACAUUGGAAUCAUUUUAGGAACCGGAUCCAAUGGAUGCUAUUACGAACCUGAAUGGAAGAAGUACAAAUACUCUGGAAAAAUUAUUAACAUAGAGUUAGGCAAUUUUGAUAAGGAUUUGCCUUUAUCCCCUAUCGACCUUGUCAUGGAUUGGCAUUCAGCCAAUAGGAGUAGGCAACUUUUUGAGAAAAUGAUUUCUGGGGCCUACUUAGGAGAAAUCGUCAGAAGGUUCAUGGUUAAUGUUUUACAAAGUGCAUCAUCUGAGAAAAUGUGGAAAAGCGACAGCUUCAACUCAGAAUUGGGAAGUGUCGUACUAAAUGAUACUUCCCCCAACUUUGAGGAAAGCAGAAAAGUAGCCAAGGAUGCAUGGGACAUGGAUUUCACGGAUGAACAGAUUUAUGCCUUACGUAAAAUUUGCGAGUCUGUUUAUAACCGAUCUGCUGCUCUAGCUGCUGCUGCAAUAGCUGCUAUAGCCAAAAGAAUUAAAAUCAUCGAACAUUCGAAAUUUUCUUGUGGUGUAGAUGGCUCUCUAUUUGUCAAAAAUGCAUGGUACUGCAAAAGGUUACAGGAACAUUUGAAAGUUAUCCUGGCUGACAAGGCCGAAAAUUUGAUCAUUAUUCCAGCCGAUGAUGGAUCGGGUAAGGGCGCAGCAAUUACGGCCGCUGUCGUUUCGCAGUCCAGCAGCAUUAAGCAGUUGCCCUGAGGGAUACAAUCCGCAUGAGUAAUCCCCAAGUGUACUUCUCAUCCUCGUAAUGAAGCAUCCCAAGGAGGCCCCCUAACGAGGCAUUCCAGCGAGACCCCCUUAUGUUGCUACGCUACAUCGACACUGGCACCGGGCGCGCCGCUUAUCAGGCAGCCCACUAGCGAGCAACUUUCUUGCGACCGCGCUGCUCAUUACUUACCACGCACCCCUCCCCAUUUUUCACACGUUUUGACAUUUCAAGCCGCCCCACGAGUUGCCCCCCGGGGGCCGAGGCACGAGCGAGAGUAUCGUCAGGCAAAUGUCCCGUGAACGUGUGUCAGUUUGCACCUUGAGCGCAUGCGAAUUUAUAUUUACGCCAUCCAUUCCUUCUAUGCCUUCCUUGUUUUUCUGCGCCAGUAGGCCGUAUGUCACCCCACAGUGUCGCACUGCUAUGAUGUCGUGUAGCAAAUACGCAUAUGCCCAUUUGCCAUUGCGCUUAUGCAUGUGUUGUAUUUCCCCAUUUUUUUGCACACAUCAUGGGGAGGAGUUUACGACAUUUGUACCAUUUAUUAUUUAUUAUUUUUUUUUAAAUGAUCAUUUAUUUAUUUUUUUUAAAAUAAGCAUAUGAGUUAUUUAAUUGGUACACAUUUUACACAUUUUCGAAGGUUUCCCCUGAAUACGCCUGAACAUUCACGUGGUUGCAUAUGUCAUCGUCACAUUUUAUACUGCAUUGCAUUGCGCUGCGUUGCGCUAUACUCUACACUUUAUGCUGCUACAUUUCAUUCCACACCAUUCUUGAAAAUUUUCCCCUUCCCCCCAAUUUUCUUUUUUUUUAACUCAUUUUAUUUCGUUGCCCCAUCUUAGUUUUCCCCUUCGUGUUAACCCUUUUGCGAUAAUUAAUGAGCCGUAUACAUAAUACGUACGCAUAUUUAUAAAUAUGUAUGCGGACUGCAAAUUGUAUGUUUUCAGUUCACAUAAUUGAAGAUAGCCAUAUUAAGAAAAAAAAAUAGAAAAGAAAG